CAGAAGAUACCGCUUUGGUGGAGCUGGUGGGACCCAUCCACAAUGAUCUCUCCGGUGCUCAUCCUGUUCUCCGCCUUCCUCUGCCAUGUUGCCAUGGCAGGACGGACCUGUCCGAUGCCGGAAGAGCUACCAUUUGCUGUGGUUGUUCCCUUAAAAUCAUCCUACAUCCCAGGGGAGCAGAUUGUCUACUCCUGCAAGCCAGGCUAUGUGUCCAGGGGAGGGAUGAGGCGGUUUACCUGUCCUCUCACAGGAAUGUGGCCCAUCAACACCCUGAGAUGCAUCCCCAGAGUGUGUCCUUUUGCUGGAAUCUUAGAAAAUGGAGCUGUACGCUACACAACUUUUGAAUAUCCCAACAGCAUCAAUUUUACCUGUAACCCUGGGUUUUAUCUGAAUGGGACCAGCUCAGCUAAGUGCACAGAAGAAGGAAGAUGGAGUCCAGACAUUCCUGUUUGUGCCCGUGUCACCUGCCCACCACCACCAGUACCUAAGUUUGCAGUCCUUAAGGAUUAUAAGACUUCAACUGGAAACAACUCUUUUUAUCAGGAGACAGUGGUCUUUAAUUGCUUGCCACACUUUGCCAUGUUCGGAAAUGACACAGUUAUGUGCACAGACCUUGGAAACUGGACUCAAUUUCCAGAAUGCCGGGAAGUAAAAUGUCCCUUCCCUUCGAGGCCAGACAAUGGGUUUGUGAAUUAUCCUGCAAAGCCAGUGCUGCUUUAUAAGGAUAGAGCCACAUUUGGUUGUCAUGAUACAUACACACUGGACGGCCCGGAAGAAGUGGAGUGUACCAAGACCGGAAAUUGGUCUGCCCUGCCGAGCUGUAAAGCAUCUUGCAAAAUCUCUGUUAAGAAAGCCACCGUGCUGUACCAAGGGCAGAGGGUGAAGAUCCAGGAACAGUUUAAGAAUGGGAUGAAGCACGGUGACAAGGUGCACUUCUUCUGCAAGAACAAGGAGAAGAAGUGCAGCUACACGGAGGAGGCUCAUUGCAUCGACGGCACCAUUGAGAUCCCCAAAUGCUUCAAGGAGCACAGUUCUCUGGCUUUCUGGAAAACGGAUGCAUCAGACCUGACACCGUGCUGAAGUUGUUAUCAGAAUCAAAAUUGAAUGUUGUAUUUGUAUCUCUGCUUGUCUGAGGAAUCUAACUGAAAUUGCAGAAUAAAGUUACUGAGUUGCCUCAGU